AUGUCCCUGGGCCAACUGAUGUCUGGAAUAAAGACAAAGAACGUUCAGUGGCUGCUGUCAGUAGAGUGUAACCGUUGCAGACUGGAUCUCAUGUCCAGACUGGUUCACUGGAUCAUCACCCAAUUUGUGUUUGUCCUGCUGCGCACGCACUUCUACAUCACUGAUACGACCUUCCUGCGAUACAGACUGGUUUACUACAGGCAGGCCACUUGGACUAGGCUGCACAUUCAGGGAUUGACUGGCUUACUUCAUAGAAAGAUAAUGAGCCCAGUUUCAGAGAUGUUUGUGAGAAACCUGGUAUCUUCUCGGGCAGGCCUUGGCAUAUCUACGCUGCGCUUUCUGCCCAAACAGAAGUCACUGAGACCUAUAGUGAAUAUGGGAUGUCCUGCUAGGAUACUGUCCACUCAGCCCUACCUGUCUGUGAACCAGCAGCUCAAGGAUCUCCAUAAGGUGCUCACACAUCUAAAAGACAGAACACCCAGGCUGGUUGGGUCUGGCAAAUUGGGCAUGAACGAUAUCCACGCCUCCUGGGCCCAGUAUAUGGCAAUCUGGAGACAGGGCGGGGCCAGGAAGUUGUAUUUUGUUAAGACAGACAUCUCUAACUGCUAUGAUUCCAUCAUCCAAGAGAAAUUGGUGCAGAUUAUGGAAUCUAUUAUCAAAGAGGAGUUGCAGGAAGAGUGUGUGGUUCGCAAGUAUUUCACCUUCACCCUGCAAGGUGGUCAGGUGCGCAAGACAUACCAGAGACAUGCAGCCCAGCUUUCUAACUUCAUUCAGGACUUCACAAAUUUUGCAAAAUCACAGGUCAUUGAGAAAAAUUUGCAUGGUGUUGUCUUCGUAGAUAAGGUCCUCUACCAGCAUUUAUCAACCGAGACAGUGCUACAAAUUCUAAGGAGCCACAUUUUCAACAAUAUUGUGAAGGUAGGCAGGCAGUAUUACCUACAGAAUGAGGGUAUCAGUCAGGGCUCUAUUCUAUCCACCCUGCUGUGUAAUUUCUACUACGCGUGCAUGGAGCAUGACCACAUUGCCCUGCAGAGUGACGAGCUGCUUAUGAGGGUUGUCGAUGACUACCACUUUGUGUCUCCCUCCUUGGAAAGGGCCACUGGCUUCCUCAGGACAAUGCUGGCUGGGAUCAAGGACUAUAACUGUCAUACCAAUGUUGACAAAGUCAUGAGUAACUUCUCUUGCAGUGUGGUAGAAAACCAGUCCAUUGAGUACAUUGAAACAGGCUGGUUUCCAUGGUGUGGACUUCUGUUCAACAUGCAGACACUGGAAGUGGCUAUGGACUAUACCAGAUAUGCGGGCGCAAGUAUUAAAGACACAAUGACUUUUGAUUUUGUAAGGGAACCUGGAAAGACUUUCAAAAGGAAAUUGAUUGGCUCCUUGCGUCAGAAGUGUCAUGACAUGUUCCUGGACCCUGCAGUUAACAGUCCCAGUCAGAUAUUCACCAGUGUCUACCAUCUUUUUCUACUGACCAUGCUCAAGUUCCAUGCAUGUGCAAGGUCACUUCCUGUCAAGCAAAGGGUAGAGGACAACCCUGGCUUCUUCUAUGGUGUGUUGAAGUCUGUAUCAUACAGCAUGAUGCGAAUCUUACAAAAGCAGCAGAAAGCCUGCGCAGAAAACCUCAAUCAAAGUCAAUUGAAUGCUUCUAUAACUUGGUUGUGUUGGAAAGCGUUCCUGGUGACGUAUCGACUACGGCUUUGCUUUCCGCGACUUACUAAACUUGUAAAGGCUGGAGUGGUGGCUGUAAAAAAGCACUUGCGUCAAAGUGACCUUAUCUUCUUAGAAAGCAUAGCAGGAGAUGAUUUGCCCUCUGUGUUUGAAAACAUUAUGGUGUAAUACUUCAAUAUGCUAGGAUUCGUUUGAUACAUGCACAUGCAAGGAAUUGUGAACUACUUAAAUAAGUUAUGAAUUGUGCUGCACUUGGACAACCAAACAUUUGUGUGAUACUUGGAUCUGCAGAAAGUGGUGUAACGUAAUGAUAUGUCAUUUAUUGUAAUACUUAGAAACAGUAUGCAUUGAAGAAGGUUAUUUUUUUGCUCGGCUGUUUUCGGAGAAUACUCGAGGUAUUGUCAUAGCUCGCGUCCCCCUUCCGGCGUCUGCCCAUUUUAGGGUCACU